UGGCAGAAGUAUUUGAGUGCUGGUCAUGAGCAGCCACCGUCGUUGUUUGCGUUGUCGUCGUCGUUCCCGUGACCGUCGUCAGCAAGGAUAUCCCGUUUGACUCCUGUAGGCUUGGAGCUAUCGCAGACUCGGGUUAGGUGUGGGUGUACUAGUGUUACCCGGUCCGGUCGUACUCUAAUUGGAUAACCAUCGGAAAGGAAAAGAUCGAAAAGUAUCCUUAAAAAUAUUCUUCUGCAGCUCGUAGUGAGUAGUUGGUGCGGACGUGUGCGUGGUCAUUCCCAUCGGUUUGGGCAGUCACAGGGUAUUUGUGCUGACGCGUCUGUAUGUGUGAGCUGGUGAAUACGGGACUACACAUUGCCGCACACAGAGAGGAAUGUCGUCUGUCUAAGAAAAGAACAUUUCUGUCAAGUGUUUUUUUUUGUGUUUGCCAAAACUGACGCGAGGCCCGUUAUCGCUUUGGCGACGAGGAAGGAAUGCGUGAAAUCAAGUUCAAGUGAGGUAUGACGAUCAAGUGUUGAUUGGGGAAAAAUUUUCAAAAAGGUAAAGACCAACCUUUUGCGUGAGUGAAUGUUUUGAGAGGGGUGCAUGUACGAAGAAGAAGAAGAAGCAUCGUUGCGAACGCAGAGAAGGAUGCAGAAAAAAAUCCAAAUCAGUGAGCACAAAAGUGCAUCUAACGGGAGCUGUGGGCAGCUAAGCUAGUCUUAGAGAGUGGGAGUGCGUUUUUUGUUAUUAUUGCUGAUAGUGAGAAGAGGUGGUUGCAACCAGUUUAGUUGCAGGGGCACUUACGAGACCAAGAAAACGAUAGCUUCUGACGUCUGUAUUGUUCAUGUCCCUUCAUUGGAUGCAGAAAGGAGAAGGGGCUAUGUUUGAUAGGAUUCCAGAUUCCAGGAUGUUCAUCCAAUUUCCGUCAUAUGAAUGGUAUUAGUUUUGUUGCGGAAAACCAUGCUGAGGAACAGAGAUCGAUUGUAAAAGUAUCAAAAUGUUUGAUUAUAUUCGGUCAGUGACAUAAAGUUACAAUCGACAGAUUGCCACUGAUGCAUGUGUUUCGUUGCAUCGAAAUGAGCGUGAAGUGGACGUGAAAAGAAUUCCGUUCGAUAUUUGAUAAAUGCCACAACAACGAAAACAACGACAAUAAUAUUAACAAAAAUAAAUUAUUGAACAAAAGUGCGUGCAGUGAAAUGUUACAAAACUGAAUCGUUACUUGCGAUUCAUGCAUGUCGAUGGAUUUCGGUGUAUGACCACAAACGUGUGAAAUUUCUGCUGAAGCAAACGCUAAAGAAACGCUGACGGAGGCAGAGAAGAAAAAAAAACAAUAAGAAAACAAAAAGCACCCGCGUCAAAACCAGAAGUUCACGUUCCGACGAGAAUGACAGAGAAAGGUGCGAAAAAGUCGGUUUGAAAAGAAAAACAGUAUUAAGUGAGUAUUAAAAAAUUAAAAUAUCUAUUAAAGUUUCGCCUCGCUGUUUGGGUGAAGAGGGAAUGCAGAGGAUGUGUUCGCUAAUGCCGAAGAACGCGAAGGAGAAAACGAACAGAACCAGAAUGAGAUUUUAGCAUACAGAGCGAGCAAUGUACCGCAGCAAGUCGAGCGCAACAUGAAGAAAAAUGUUUAAAUCACGUUAUAUAACUAAAAUAGAAUUCGUCAGCGUUGCCAUUCGCACGUAAAGAGUGUCGCUCAGUUUACGGUGGAUGUGUGUUUGUGUAUACGUAGUUGAGGCGUCGCGUCGUGCUUUGCAAUCGCAGCAGUCCGGGGCAAACAAGUAGUAGUAGGCUAAAAGCAUAUGGAAUGAUAAAUAUCAACACGACGGCGUGAACGCCAUGAAGCAAACGUUUGAGACGAUAGGAGAGGAUACUAUUGAAGUGAACACAAAACAAAACGUGGCGUUAUUAAGCUGGAGAGACACAAUCCGAGUGAUUGAGUUGUCCUGUUGAUUUAUUGGUGGGGGUGUUGAAACGGAUUAGAUGUAAGUCGUCAUCUGCUGACAUUGGUGUAACAGAAAAAGAGAGAGUAGGAACGAACCGACCACCCCCAGACGGGUGGGCCGCUUGGAUAAGGACGAAUUUCAAUCUAAUCAAGCCGCAAGGUAACUGAGGAACGCACGGAUGCGGUGGUUCUGGCAAGGAGCGAAACGUGCCAGAAAGAAACAAUUUUUCCAAUUUCUCUUGUUGGCAACUAGAUGGAAUUUGGUUAAGUAAAGGGAGGAAAAUUCCUAUUUAUACUCGUCAAACCAACAGCGUCGAAGUAGAAGAGACUUAAGCACUGCCACACUGCGAUAACAGAUAACACCGAAGUGGAACGCCCAAACGGAGUCACGCGGGCGAACCGGUGAGGCCCAAAAGACAUGAGUCUCCAAGGAUUGCUGUUAGGAAUCAACGUUAUCGCAGCUGGAGCAUCGUUACUAUUCGGAUUACUAUUGACAAUCUAUGCACCUGUCGGAGCGUUGAGCAGUGGAGAACAUCAGCUCAUAACUAAUCCACAGCCAGAUGGGGAGAACCUUCCGCCAUUCCAGUCCGUGACGGAAGCCACACCAAACCUAGCCGCGAACAUCAUUAAUCUCGAACGGGAUGGGGGAGUUAGUUUCAUCCCCCGGAAGGAUUUCCGUCUUCAGCGAGCGGUUCCUCCUGAAUAUGCUGGACCAUCGGCAAUGCCCCAUUGCGAAUCGUUUACGAUGGGCAACCCCGAUCAAAAAAUGUUGUACAGCCCGGGAGCUCCGGGAAACUAUCCAAACAAUAGUGAUUGCGUCGUGGUUCUCGAGGCCCCGCUGGGAUCUCUAGUGAGACUUGACUUUCGAGAUCAUUUCCAUGUUGAAUCGUCAGACGACUGCAAAUACGACUAUCUCGAGAUCCGAGAUGGUGCCCAUGGUUUCUCGACGCUGAUCGGCAAGUACUGCGGCACGACGUACCCGCCGAUGAUCACCUCAAAGGAGCGCUUCCUCUGGCUACACUUCCACUCAGACGAGAACAUCGAAUACAGCGGUUUUGUUGGCGUCUACGAAUACGUGCCAAGGCCGACGUCAUCCAUCUACGAUGACGAGGGUUGCCGGAUCGAGGUGUCCGGGAUGGAGGGUUAUGUCAACCGAAGCGACGUGCCUCGAGAAAAGCUGCAGACCGUCGUCGAGCACGGGCUGUCCCUUGAUUGCAUGUGGGUGAUCACGGUUUCAGACGGAUGGAAGAUUCAGCUUUCGUUCCUUCUGUUCAAACUGGAGAGGCCAAACGACUGUGAGAGCAAUUUUGUGGACGUGUUUACCGAACGGACCGAUCUGCCGUCGAGACUGAAAAACUUUUGCGGUUCCAUUGCCGAUUCGGUAGUGUCCAAAUCAAACGUGCUGCACAUUCGAUUCUACGCCGAAGCAGCUGCCAUCAAUUCCACCUUCUCGAUACUGUUCACUGCAUUUAGGGAAAAAGCUGCCGGCGAAGUUUGCGAUGAUGACGAAUACGAUUGUGAGGAUGCCACUUGUAUUUCCUCCGAUUUACGGUGCAACGGGCGUAUCAAUUGUCGCUUUCGCUGGGACGAAGACGAAUGCCAGAAAGCUAACCCCACUCAGUCGGAACACGUGACGAUCAUUAUGGUUGUGUUCGUUAUCAUCUUCGGCUGCAUGGUGAUUGCGUUUGUCAUUAAAAUUGUGCGCAAGAUUAUGCGAGAUCACAAGAUCAUCCGGGAGCAUAUCCGCCAAUCGAGGGAGAGCAAACUGAACGAGCUGGGCAGACACUCGACGAAGAAACCGGUUGAUUUGGAUAUCACAAAGUUUCCACCGCCAGCAUUUGAUAAGGAACCAAUCAACGUGUUGGAGAAUACUGCCAAUAGCUAUUACCGAGAAAUGAUGUCACCCUCGCUUGUGGGUGAUGGAAGCGGCGGUAGUGGUGGCGGUGGUAGUGGGAGUGCCGUAAGUGGUGGACGCGGAACUGAUGGAAGUGCGGGAGGAAUUGGUAGCCAUAUGUUUAGUAGUAGUAGUAGAAUAGAUUUAAAAAAUGAUCCCAGUCGGAAUCACGAAAUUCAAGCCAUUCUGAGAAGCAGCUAUCACGAAGACCCUAUGAGGGGAGCAAUGGCUUUGAAGGACGCCGGGAUGUGCGAUAUGGCUUGUCAAACUAGGGAAUCUUUGUUCCAACCAGUGUUCAAAAACAAGGUGACACAAUCUCCCAAUCCAAGCAAUAUACGUUUCUCUACGUUCGGAUACGAAACACCUUCCCAACAGGGGCAACCUUCACCCACUCAACUUCCCUCGGUGGUACCACCUCCUCCAAAAAUUAAACACCACCACCAUCACCAUCAUCAUCACCAUGGUGGAGGGGGAGGAGGUACGCUUGAUCGUAGUAAAGGGAACAAAUUUGAAAUGCAAGAGCUUGGCAUAGCCGACGUGGCCGUCGGACCCGGUGAAAACGAAGAGCUGGAGAGGGAUCUUCAUGGGGGCAUCCAUUCCCAUCACCAUCAUCACCAUCAUCCCCAGCAUCAACAGCAAAAGGUAGUGCUGGAACGGGAUCUCGAUCCGCCAACGGUGACCGGUAUUCGAAAGUCGGCGCCAGACGUAAUUAUUAUGACGUCGUCACACUGAUUUUAAGCAAACCGCUUUUGGGCGGAAACUUUGGAAAAAGGAAAUUUUGUAUUGUUCACUGUAAAAUGAAGGAAUUUAUGUCCUCAUUCUUAUUUCGUAGAGAGCUUGUCGACGGUGGCAAACGCAAAUUAGGGAAUCGAAAAGAAGAGAAAAAAAAAUUGUACAUAAAUGCUUACCGUUGAAUUUUAGUUUGUUGAUUCCUUUCAAACGGCUGAUAUACCGAUUGAAUUCGUAUAUCAGUAACAUUGAAAUAAAUCGUUUUAAUGUUUAAAAACAAAAGACAUCCUUACUUCACGUAUCAGUGCCAAAAGGUCAAACAAUCAAAAACUGACGGUUUUCGCGCCAACUCGACCAGAUGUUGGCAUGACCCUCUUAGAAGUUAAUCAAACUUUCUGGACGUGAAGACCAGUGUUGUAAACGGUCGACAUUUCUCUCAACCAUCACAUACCGCCCUUGCUCAAGAGUUACGGCUCAAUAUGUAUUGCGAAUGUAACCAAGAAUGCAUUGCUCGGUUCUAACAGUCACAUCAGAAAUAAACACACAGCCGCAAACACGACUAUCAAUUGAACGUUUAUAUGUUUUCUCUUUCUGUCGACCGUACCCAGAAGAGCGAUGAAAAUAUGCUGUUUCCAUUCUACCAUUCGUGCUCAUAACCAUCCCUCAAUUCCGGCUAAUAUGACUGUAGUUUUAAUGUCAUUUGACAUCAAAACUGCAGUGGUGUGCAUUCUUUUUCUCCCUUUAUUCUGCAUUCAAGCGUAGCUGCACAUAUACAUCCACCUGCUCACUCACACAUCCAUACACGAUGUAUGGUAUUCAGACGGAUUGCUAUAUCAAAGCAACCGUCGAACUCUCCCUUAUCAAGUGCGAAUGUGUUCAAUGAACGUUUUCAGUGGUGAGCGUUCCCCGUGAACACUGUUGUUUAAUUACGGGGCGAUGGAUAUCUAAUGUAUAGGACGAAAAAAAGCCGAAAUGUCAUAUGACAUUUUUAGUUCGACGGUUGUUUGACUGUUCAUUUUAUGAUGUUCAUUAAUGACACAGCACAUACGUCUCCAUGAACAGUCAUACGAUGGUGACCAUUAGCAACACUGGUGAAGACCUCACCUCAUUAAGUAACUUGGCAUACUUAGUUUUCCGAAAAUUUCUCUAGACUAACAUAUGAAAAGGGCCAAAUAUUUCCGAUCAUUUCUAUAUAAACCUUUUUUACUCGAAAAUGGUAAGUCCUACAAAAAAGUGAUCUAUGAAAGAGUUUUAGGAAAAUGAUUAAAUUUUUAGAAAAAAAAAAUACUGAAAAAAUAUUUUUUGAAAUCCUACACUGAAAAAAAUAGUUUUUAAAAACUAAAAGUCGAUUCUCAAAAUGGUCAUCUCAGAUUUUGAUGAAAUCGUAAAUAAAUAUUUGCUCUACAACUCUUCUAUACAUUGCAACUUGUGCAUAUUUAAGACAAAAAAGUUUUUCUAUAUUUUAUUGAAAUUAAGUUUAUUUCUUUUUUCAGUCCAGAAAGUCAACCCAGAAUAAAAAAAUAAUAAUAAUGAUAAAAAUGUUUGAUGAGUGUUUUAGAGGUCUUUAUUUCAAAUCAAAUGUAAUAAAACUUAUGACAUUUUUUGACCUUAAAUUCAUUUCUAAUUCAUCUGAUCUUAUACCAUGUAUAUGAUAACUUAUAUUCUAAGAGAUACAAUCAUCAUAUAUUUCCUAUUUUUUCUUUUUAUCUAACAUUCUGAAGAUUGUGGGAUCAUCUACUGAAUUUGAAAACCUUUUAGCUGCGAUUUUAUUUUCAUCUACAGGAAUAAAGCAAUUAAAUUUUUGGGUUCCCGAUAUUGUUUUCGCGUGAUUGAAUAGUUCCUCAAGUUCACUUGUCUUUUUUGUAUGCUGUUCUUUGGAUACGUAACGAAAAUUCAAUUUCUAGAUACAUUUGUCAUUUUGUUUAACUGCCCAAUCAUAAAACUCUAGUGCUGUAUGGAUUGUGUUUCCAAAUAAUCAAUUCAUCAAUGUUAAAACCAAGGUGCCUCCAUAUAUACCAGGUGAAACAAUCAUAUGAAAUGCACUUUCAGCCAUAUUGGAAUUGCUGUCGGUAUUGUUUACAAAAAGCAUCAGAACGCUGCCGGCGGCUCUCUACAAACUGCUACGACGCUCUUUCGAACGAUGCCUACUAUGUUCGACUUUCGCGAAUUUAUGUGAAAAAGAAGGGAUGAUUUUGUAGAAUUUCAUUCUCAUUUCCACUACUCUCGCAUGUGAAUAUGCAAUAAUGGCGUAUCCUAGCAAUAACAAAACAAACAACCCCCGCUCCACAAACCGUAAUCCCCUUCUGUUUGAAAUGAUGAUGUUGCUUCACCUGUUCUACAUUGAUAUAAGCGCCUUGGUUAAACCCAAACGAUUAAUUUGUGCCGUAUUUUGUUGACAAAGUAGACAAACUCAUAGAGCAUGACUUUAUUUACAAACAGUAGUCUGCUUUUUUGCGAAAUUAAAAAAAAAUCGUUGACGUAAGGAGAAAUAAUAGUAAUUUCUGAUUUUUCAGAGAAUUAUUCAUUCAUAAUUCAAAAUGCGGCACAGGGUCACAGCUGGAAUAGCUCGCAAGCAACUAUUCACGCAUUUGAAAUAAACUACAAAAAAGAUGGUAAACAAGAAAACGUAUGCUUUAUAGUUAUUUCAGAAGUUUUAAUACACUGCACUGUGACUGUGCAGUUGUUUAUAGAAAAAUUGAUAGAAAUUGUCGGAAAAAUACUCGAUUAUACUAAAAUGACUUUCAUGUCCGCUCCAUCGGCAGCACACUACAAAAACAAACACAAAUUCGCCAGUCUAUGUAAUUUCAAAAAAGUUUACGGACUAGAAUCAGAAUGGAAUUUCUUUGCCACCUCCCACGAGAGGGACUCUGAAACGAAUGGCAAAGAGAGCAAGUCUUGCCCAAAAUUACGGAAACACAAUCCAAACAGCACUUUGUGCUUUAUGAUUGGGCAGUUAAACAAAAUGACAAAUGUAUCACGAAAUUGAAUUUCUGUAACGUAUCCAAAGAACAGCAUACAAAAAAGGCAAGUGAACUUGAGGAACUAUUCAAUCACGCGAAAACAAUAUCGGGAACCCAAAAAUUUAAUUGUUUUAUUCCUGUAGAUGAAAAUAAAAUGCAGCUACAAGGUUUUCAAAUUCAGUAGUUGAUCCCAAAACCUUCAGAAUGUUAGAUAAAAUGAAAAAAAAAAUAGGAAAGAUAUGAUGAUUGUAUAUCUUAGAAUAUAAGUUAUCAUGUACGUGGUAUAAGAUCAGAUGAAUCAAAAAUGAAUUUAUUGUCAAAAAAUGUCGUUAGUUUUAUUACAUUCGAUUUGAAAUAAAGACCUCUAAAAACUCAUUAAACAUUUUUAUUAUUUUUUUUUUUUUCAUUUUGGUUGGCUUUCUGCACUGAAAAAAGAAAUAAACUUAAUUUCAAUAAAAUAUAGAAAAAGUUAUUGUUAGAAAAAAAUUUUUGCCUGAAAUAUGCACAGGUUGCAAUGUAUGGAAGAGUUGUAGAGCACAUAUUUAUCUACCAUUCAUCUACCAUUUCACCAAAAUCUGAGAUGACCAUCUUGAGAAAAUCUACCUCUAGUUUUUAAGUUUCUAGUUUUUUUUUUCAGUGUAGGAUUUCAAAAAAUAUGUUUCCAGUAUUUUUUAUUGAAAAUUCAAUUAUUUUCCUAAAACUCUUCCAUAGAUCACUUUUUUGUAGGACUUACCAUUUUCGGGUAAAAAAGAUUUAUAAAAAAUGGUCAAACAUAUUUGGCUCUUUCCAUAUGUUAGUCUAGAUAGAUUUUUGGGAAAACUAAGUAUGCCAAGUUACUUAAUGAGGUAAGGUCUUCACGCCCAGGAAGUUUCAUUGUGUUCUGAGAGGGUCAUGCCAACAUCUGGUCGAGUUGGCGCGAAAUCCGUCAACUGUGUAAUUUCUCCGAGCGGGCAAACCAACAUCAUUUCGUUUCAUAGUUUAUAUAAAUCAACAUUCUUGUUGUCGAAAUAAUAGUAACUAUUUAGGUAAUUUGUAUAAAAUCGUUUUCUUCUCUUUGUUCAUAAGAUUGCUUUAGCAAAAAUGUACUAUAUUUUUUGGAAAAAAAAACUAGAAAAUUUCGGGUAUUUAUCACAUUUAAAAAAACUGCAACUGCAAAAUUAUUUCAAUCAUAAAAGUCGACUAAAGUUGUGAAAAGGUUUUGUUCGGAUGAAAAAAAGCAGAAAAAAUUGAAGGGUAGAUAGUUUUUUCGAAAGAGAAAAAAAAGGAGAAUCCUGGUCAAAUGUGUAGAGUUAGACAGAAGAAUGGACGCCUUCACUUUGCUGUUACCGCCAUUGCGAAGCGAAAAGCCUACUUGUAAGAAAUGAAAAUGUUGAAAUGUAAUGAAGGAUAUAUAGGGGACCAAACCCACACAUACUAAAAACAAUAUGAAGCUUGGCGGUGUUCAACGUUUAUGGAAAGAGACAGUGAAAAUGAACUUCAGUAGAAGUUGGAAUGAGAACAAUGCCAAGAAAACCGCAGUCACAUCAGUUGAUUGUUGUUGAAAUUCUGGGCGUCUCCCACACAAAAACCCAAACACACACACAUACGCAAGGAACACAUACCGGUCUGAAGAUUUAUUUAGUCUAAGGAAAAGUGUAAACAGUUGUAAACAGCACAAAAUAAGUGGACUGAGCAACAACAAAAAAGUUGAUGUGGUAGUCGACCUAUGCGUUUAUACAUAGAGAAAACAAUGAAAUGCAAGUUUUGUUGGAAGAGUGAGAUGGGAGGCAUCUCUGGUAUAAAAAAAGUCCUUCAUUUGUGAAAAGGAUGAGAAGGGGCAGUGAAAACCAGUUUAAAAACAUAAAUGGUUGAUUUAGAUGAAAUAGUAAAUCCAAGCGAAAAAGGGAAAAUCUGUACAUUUUUAUCAAUGGAUAUUUAUUAAUAAAAUAAGUGCACUGAAAAUUAA